UGCGACCAAUCUCAUACAUAAAUUUUAGUUAUUAGUUACUAGUUAGGGAUAUCAUCUUAACUCGUUAAACAUUUGUUCAAGUUUAAUAAUUUACCUUGUGAGUUGUUUUUAUCAAUUUUUCAAACUUGCUUAUAUUUUUGUUUACUCUUUUUAUUGACUACGGUUUUAACGUCAAUAAUGAAUAAUUAACUUCGUUGUCUAUGUUAUACACUUUCCAAACCUCAGGAUAUACUAAUUAUAAUAACAAACAAAAACUGUUCUUUUUCAUUCAAAAACAAUGGAUCGAUUAUCAUUAGCCAUGAAAUACGAUGAACAUUUCAGACACGUGUUGGCUUUAUUGGACACAACAGUGGAAAGAGACUAUAAAGCCAAAAUUAUAUCAUUGGAAGUACUCAGUGUACAAUUUAAAGACCAUGGAAAUGACAAAGAAAUAAUGAAGAAAAAACUUCAAGAAAUGCGUAUUGAAUGUGAACGUCUAAUGCAUAAUCUUAAAAGUUCCAAUCGAUUAUUAGAUGAAGCUAAUAAAGAAAAAAGGCAUGCUGAAGUUGAACGAGAUAAUAUGGCCCAGAAACUUGAUAAUUUCUAUAGGCUAUUUAAUAGCGCUAAUAAUUCCAACAUAAAUCGAUCUAGCUCCCCGGUAUUUCAAUGUGAAGCAGAAAGGUUUGAUCAAAUACCACGUCAAGAUACAACUGAGUCUGUAUUGUCGGAUAUCAGUUACUCAAGAGUAGAAGAUAGUUUGGAUUCCGAUAAGAAUUUUGAAGACGCUGUGGAUCGCUGGGAGCCUGAAGUAUUUGGUACUGUAAAAAGAAAACGAACAUCAGGUCCUCCAAACCCCAAUGAAAUGAGAAAGGAAAUUGAGACUACUACUACGACAGCUUCAACUCAAAUUGUUGCAACUACUACUGUUACAAUGCAACCAUUCACAAGGAACAUCAGUGCAAAAUCUAUAAUUGAAACCAAACCAUCUAACCUUUUUCCAAUACCCAGUGCACCACCUAUAUCUGACUCUUUAGAUUCAUUUGAUUCUGAUCCAUACGGUAAUGAAAAUAAUCAAAAUAUACCCAACACAAUACAUUCAAGUUCAGCACUUAAUAAAUUAAACAAUAGAGCUCAUAAUUUUACUCAAAAAAGUGUAAUCAUUCCAGAAAUAUGUGGUCCGUGUGGAAAAAAAGUUAAAUUCAAUCGUGUUGUGGUGAAAUGCUUAGAUUGCAAAGCAACAGCGCAUUUGGAACACAAAGAUAAAAUUCCUUUACCAUGCAUUCCUGUAAAGAGUACACCAAGCAAAAAUGGCGGACGAAUAGCUGAUUAUUCACCAAUGGUUAAUGGCCGCCCAAUGAUACCUGCAUUGGUCAUCCACUGUGUGAACGAAAUUGAACAAAGAGGAUUUGAUACUGUUGGACUGUACAGAAUACCUGGCUCUGAGAAAGACGUGAAAGCACUAAAAGAAAAAUUCCGUAAAGGAGUACCUAAUUUGUCUGAUGUUGAUAUACACGUCGUGUGUGGUUGCUUAAAAGAUUUCUUGAGGACUCUUGAUGAUCCAUUAAUUCCCCACUACGAUUGGAAAACUUUUACGGAUGCUGUCAGAAAUUCAAAAGAUGAAACUGAACACAGAUUAUACCAAGCCAUAUCAUUAUUACCACCGCCUAAUCGUAACACGCUUGCUUACAUAAUGUUGCAUUUACAAAAAGUUGCUGCAACACCUGAUUGUAAAAUGCCUGUCGGAAAUUUAGCUCGAGUAUUUGGUCCAACAAUUGUUGGUUAUUCAAGUGAAGUUUCUGAAAACCUAUAUUUUGAUUGUGAAUUGAGUAAUAAGGUUGUCGAAGAAAUGCUGAAACUGUCACCUGACUAUUGGUCAAAUUUCUUAAACAAUUUAGUACCUUUGCGUGCACAAAAUACACCUGUAAAACGCACUUCUUCCCGUCCAUUACAACCCACUCAUACUCCAAUUACAAAAAACAAUAGAAUUUUUGGUUCCAGCACAAAAAGACGGUAUUUAGAAUCUCCACGAUCAGUCAAGGCUGCUAGGAUUAAACAACUUGAAUCAAAAAAAAAAUAAUUCUUCAGUGAUCUUUGAAAAUUGUUUUGAUUUUCAUCUUCUGUUGAAUCUAAUUUAAG